CUUCACACUUCACACUGGCCGUCACUCUUUACUCUCACUCUACUCUCUGAUCCUCCAAAUAUUUCCGCCACAACCCCAACUGAGAUUACGACUCGACGAAAACUCAUUGCUACUCCAUGCCAAUCUACCGGAUCCUCGACUCUUAAUACUGCCUCCUUCUUUUCGUUGCGCUCGUCAGAGUGCUUCUGGAACCCCUCACGGCAGUUUGCAGAUGAGCGCGAAUCUAGUCAUAAUCGACCUCUUCGAGUUGGGCAAGCAAUAGAAACGACUGCCAAAUACCUCUGCGAACCGGCGCAAUGGCAUCCCAAGCUGCGAUAUUCGCAGAGACCAUUGCUGGCAUGAAAAGAGCUGUGAAGAGAAAAGCUUACGAUUCGGAUUCGGAUAGUUCAAUCGAAAACCUCACAAACCGUGGGAAUAAGUUGAGAAAGAAAGCAAGAUUUAUCCACGAAGGUCAAUUGGCGCCCCCAAGCGGUCCUCAAGUGUACAAGAGGAGAAUAGAGCAUGCAGGGUACCAAAGAGACAUUAUAAGUCGUAAUCCUCCUCUAGUUGACGAUGAUGGUUUCGAGGUCGAUAGCGAUGAUGACGACGAAAGGGUUGGAGCCGCUUUAGCUGCUGCCGCAGAACUAGACCCCUACGCCGAUGUAAAGAUUGAACAUCUCCUUGUUCCAUUAACAGCAGCUUCCGACCUGCCUAACCAUCCUACCUUAUCGAAACCGUUCACCUCGAAGACAUUGACCGAAUUGACACGGAGCGCUGGCGAGAUGGUCCAGAAAGAAAAGGCGUCACUCUGGAGAAUCAAGCAUUUAUUGACAAGGCUGAGCGGCGACGACACGUGGUACCCUUGCGCAAGCGUUGAGGCCGAGAAUGACUAUACUCUGUUCAUGGAUGAGAGAGAUACGAGUCAUGGAAAUAUGCAAACAAAGGCUAUUGCAAGAGUAGAGGGCGAUCAGGUCUCUACUGGCACCCUCGCUUCGGAGGAGGUCGACCAAGGACUAACGAUCGAUGACGAUACUGUUCUCCCGGAUGCCAUACAGACCACCGAAGGAGCCGCAAUCGAAGACGUUACCACGGCUUCAGCGACGAAUACAGAAACUCCAGGCAAAGAUGUUGCUGGAAAGCUGAACGAAUCUGGUGCUAAUGCUACACCUCCUCUACAAAAUGGCCAGAAUGGGGUUUCUGGGGACGGGCCUGCUAGCACCGAGAUGGAUGUGGACGAACCGGGCAAAGAGCAAGGGGAUGGAGCGCCUGAAGACCAGGCACAUUCUACAGAGGAAGCUGACAUGAUCGAUGGUGAACUUGGUGAAGAUCAAGAUGGACCAGCUACGCACCGAAUGAGGACACGAGCUCAAGCGCAAGCAGCAUCGGACAACAAUACAACAAGAACUAGGUCAGCAAGCCCAGACUCUGGGAGCGACAUGUUUAUCCACCCCAUAUUCUUGGCACCAGCAUCAUCUCGCCCAGACCGAAAUGUUGGACUACCGCCACCAGAAGCAGACGAGACUCGAAGGUUACUGCAACUGUAUAUCCAGAAGCAAGAAGAAGUAUGCCGAGGUGCCCAGAAAGUAUACGACGGCUUGCUAAAAGCAGAUCGUUACCGGAAACUUGUCAUGAAAUGGGCCAAAGCCGAGGACCAUGUGGGCUUGAAUCGGGAUAUGUCCGACGGUGAAGACUGGUACGAUAAAGAAGAAUGGGGUCUGGAGGAAGAUCUGAAAAAGGGACAGGACGAAGAAGAAGAGGAUGCUGCAACGACGGCGAAAAAGACUCGGACUCGUCGGCAAUAGCCAUGUUUAGCAGACUUCUCAUUUGUUUGUGGAUGGCGGCUCGGGGCGUUUUUGGGUUGGGACACUCUGCGUAACGAUAUCCAGGGUUUUAGCGCUUGAAUCAACGAUGCAUUUACAUCAUUAGAUAUUCGUAUGUAUAGGUUGGUUGUAGGUAGGUUGGUUGUAGGUACAACUUGAGAACAACUUUCUGCUCGGUUUCAGUGUUCAAAUUUCAGAGAACGAGCUGCCCCUC